AUGGAGAACAGCGGCGGCGACGGCGGCUCUGGAGGCCGCAGUCCGGGUCCUGGCUUCGGCCCCAGCCCCACCGUGGUGACGCUCGCUGAGCUGCUGCUGCUCUGGGCCACGGUCUCGGGCUACUUUGUCAGCAUCGACGCGCAUGCUGAGGAGUGCUUCUUCGAGCGGGUCACCCCGGGCACCAAGAUGGGCCUCAUCUUCGAGGUGGCCGAGGGCGGCUUCCUGGACAUCGACGUGGAGAUUACAGGGCCUGAUAAUAAAGGAAUUUAUAAAGGAGGCCGGGAGUCCAGUGGGAAAUACACAUUUGCUGCUCACAUGGAUGGAACAUAUAAGUUUUGUUUUAGCAAUAGGAUGUCCACCAUGACUCCAAAGCUAGUGAUGUUCACCAAUGAUAUUGGGGAGGCCGCCAAACAACAAGACAUGGAAAGAGAAGCUCACCAGAACAAGCUAGAAGAAAUGAUUAAUGAGCUCGCAGUGGCGAUGACAGCUGUAAAGCAUGAACAGGAAUACAUGGAAGUUCGGGAGAGAAUACAAAGAGCAGUCAAUGACAACACAAACAGCAGAGUGGUCCUUUGGCCCUUCUUGGAAGCUCUUGUUCUAGUUGCCAUGACACUGGGACAGAUCUACUAUCUGAAGAGAUUUUUUGAAGUCCGGAGGGCUGUUUAAAAAGCCUUUUGCUG